GAAACCCUAGAUCUGAGCUAGGGUUUAGGGAUCUUUGCGGCUAAAACCCUAGAUCAAGGUAAAAUUUGAGGUUAUCCUCUUUAUUCGAGCAAGAAGAGCUUCUCUCAUCUCAAAGGAUCCAAAAAGUUCUUCGAGACAUGAAGUUGAGAGCGGAGAAGAGAAAGGAGGGGGAGAAAGAAUGAUGUCUUGUUUCUUGAUCCAUUAUUAACAUCUCUCAAUACUAAGGAUAUGCAAUGGUGAUAUGUUAUUAGAUACUUGGUCUGUUUGUGGAGUUAUCUUCAUUUUGUUGUCAGUCUUGAAAGUUAAGGAUGUUUCCUCAAGAGAAUAGAAAGUAGUGAGCAUAUGGGCUAGGGAGUUUCUGCUAUUAAUGAAAGAAACAACACUUCCUAUGUUAUCACAGCAGAAUAUGGAUACCAAUACAUGUUAGUUUCGAGACUAGAUUAGUUAAAAUGUCAAGAAUGGAAUUUCCAAAGCGGCAUGUGAUUGUUCUUCUGACCUUCAUCUGUACGAAUGUUUGCUACAUCGAGCGCAUGGGCUUCUCAAUAGCAUAUACUGCCGCUGCAGAUGCCAUUGGCGUUGAUCAAUCUAGCAAGGGUCUGAUACUUUCUACAUUCUACUGGGGAUAUGUUGUGUCACAAAUUCCUGGUGGAUGGGCAGCACAAAAGAUAGGGGGAAGACGAGUUCUGCUUCUAUCAUUUGUAUUUUGGUCCCUGACAUGUGCUUUAAUCCCAUUGGAUCCCAGCCAGGUUUACUUACUGGUAAUUGCCCGAUUGCUUGUUGGGGUCGCACAAGGCUUUAUCUUUCCCUCUAUCCAUACAGUUCUAGCACAAUGGGUUCCUCCCCAUGAACGUUCAAGAUCUGUAUCCCUCACGACUUCUGGGAUGUAUUUCGGUGCAGCUGGUGGCAUGCUUCUUCUUCCAAGUCUUGUAAAAUACCGAGGUCCACAGUCAGUAUUUUUGGUUGAAGCUGCAUUAGGUGGUCUUUGGUCUAUCCUGUGGAUGAAAUGUGCGAGCGACCCUCCUCGUUCUGAUCAUCCGAAGGCAACAGCUGCUGGUUUUGGGGAGACUUUGUUGCCAGUAACAAAGUCAAAGGAAAAGGUGAAGGCUGGUGUAAGUUCUCUUCGAGCAGCUAAGAUCCCAUGGAAGAAAAUUAUCUUUAGUUUGCCAGUUUGGGCAAUUGUGGUGAAUAAUUUCACGUUUCAUUAUGCCUUGUAUGUGCUUAUGAACUGGCUGCCAACAUACUUUGAGCUUGGUCUUCAGCUUAGCCUUCAGGAUAUGGGUUCAUCAAAGAUGCUGCCUUACCUUAACAUGUUUAUAUUUUCCAAUAUAGGCGGAGUUAUAGCAGAUCAUUUAAUCACAAGAAGAAUACUGUCUGUGACCAGGACUCGUAAACUGCUGAACUCCGUAGGGUUUAUCGUUGCUUCCUUUGCUUUAAUGGCGCUCCCUAUGUUCAGAACUUCCACAGGGACUGUGUUUUGUUCUUCAGUUUCUCUAGGUUUUUUGGCUCUUGGAAGAGCUGGAUUCGCGGUUAAUCAUAUGGAUGUUGCUCCAAGAUAUGCAGGGAUUGUGAUGGGAGUUUCUAAUACAGCAGGGACAUUGGCUGGUAUAGUAGGUGUUAGUCUUACAGGAAAGAUUCUUGAUUCUGCUAAGGCUGCCAAUGUGGAUCUCUCGAGCCCUGAGAGUUGGAAUUCAGUAUUCUUCAUUCCAGGAUAUCUCUGCAUAAUCAGCUCUAUCUUUUUCAUGAUUUUCUCGACAGGGGAAAGAAUUUUUGACUAACAUACUUCACAGUGGGCAUUUUUUUUUUACCAGAGGCCCACUCUGGCAAAUUCCUGUUAAGAUCAUUCUUCAGUUAGAUGAUAUCACCAUCCUAUAUUGGGAUAUUGAUUUCAUUUUUUUAAUUCAGUUGGUGUAGCUGUACUUUGGAGCAUAGUUUGUGAUGGAACAAGCUUAAGAAAUGCAAUCCACUUAAACAGCUAUAUCAAGGCUGAAAAUUACAAGAAGUUCAUGGAAAUCUAUGUUGUUGGUUUUUUGUAUUCUUGUGUAACUACAUUUGUAACACUCAGUUUGUUUGCUUUUAUGUCUGGAUGCUUUACGCUUCAUCAAGAAAAUAAAUUGGCCUCAAAUACAUGGGCUUCCUCUAAUGGACGCUUA